CAACUGUCGUUUUAGUUGAUCCAGAGUACCAGAAGGAAGCAGAGCAGAGACACCGAGAGUUGGCCGCUAAAGCUGGAGGAUUUAAUGACUUUGCAACUUUAGCCGUCAUCUUUGAGCAGUGCAAAUCAAGUGGAGCUCCAGCUUCAUGGUGCCAGAAACAUUGGAUUCAUUGGAGGUGCUUAUUUUCUGCAUUUCGUGUUGAAGCUCAACUCAGAGAACUGAUCAGGAAGCUUAAACAGCAAAGUGAUUUCCCAAGAGAGACCUUUGAAGGCCCUAAACAUGAAGUCCUGCGAAGAUGUCUUUGUGCGGGUUAUUUCAAAAAUGUAGCUCGAAGGUCUGUUGGGAGAACAUUUUGCACAAUGGAUGGGCGUGGAAGCCCAGUUCAUAUUCAUCCUUCCUCAGCACUUCAUGAACAGGAAACCAAACUUGAAUGGAUCAUUUUUCAUGAGGUAUUAGUUACCACCAAAGUCUAUGCAAGAAUUGUGUGUCCAAUUCGUUAUGAAUGGGUGAGAGACUUGCUGCCCAAGUUGCAUGAAUUUAAUGCACAUGAUUUGAGCAGUGUGGCCCGACGUGAAGUGAGAGAAGAUGCACGAAGGAGAUGGACCAAUAAGGAAAAUGUAAAGCACCGGAAGGAUGGAAUAUCCAAAGAAGUCCUAAAGAAAAUGCAAAGAAGAAAUGAUGAUAAAUCCAUAUCAGACGCACGUGCUCGCUUCCUGGAGCGGAAGCAGCAGAGGUCCCAGGAUCACAGUGACACAUUGAAGGAAACAGGCUAAGCCCUGAGCCCUCCAAUUCAGGAAGCAGGAAAAACAGCCAGAAACGUGUUUCUUCUCUGCCGUUUAUGCCAGACAGCACCACCAAGAGGAAGUGGCCAGCAGCCCUUUUUAAGCAUACUAGUUAAAAGCAAAUCAGAGCUCAUCGGUACCAAUAAAUGGAAUUUUCAAAGAAAAAAUUGAGUUGCCAUUGUCAUAGGCAAUUAUAUAUGAAACCAAUGAAAAGACAAUAUAUGUGGUAUUUUCCUCACUUCAGUUUUGCUGGCCUUAACUGGUAUCAAAUGCUGUCAGUGAGAUAUUUUCAAAGAACAUUGAGUUGUAUUUAAUCAGUGUGUAUUCCAUUUGCAUUGAAGCAUUAAAAAUUAUUUUCCUUAAAUCUCUUUAAGGCCUUCUUGUUGCUAAUAGAGUAGUAUUAUAUCAGGUUAUCAGGUUUGUGACCAUUUCCUUCCGAAGGCUAAACAUAAGAGGUUUUUACUCAGCAAUACUUAGAUGUCUAACCGUUUAAUUGCUACAGAGCUUUAUAGAUAUUUAGAGAAAAUACUUAAUCAAUUAGUAAAUAAGAAAAUUGCCUAUGGCAAGAUUCUUUGUUGAAUUAAUAUUAAUCCUUAAGUUGACUUUUCUGGAAUUAUACAAAUUCCUUUUUAUAUAAAAGUAUAUUGUUUAAAACAGUAGCUAUAGCCAUUAACCAAAGGACAGAUGAUAUAUGCGGUCUUUUUUAGCUGUCCCUGCAUACUUGUGUCAGCACCACAUAUGUAAAUGUGACAGUCUUUCAAACAGCCCUUCCACCUGGCCUAUUGUCUUGCCUCCAGCUGCUUGGAUAGGACCAUUUAAACAUUUAUUAUGCUGAUCUUGAAAUGGGAUUUUCAAAGCAGCUAACUCUACAUCACCAGUGUUUCAAAUUGGAACCUUGAGGCUAGUUAUUGCCACACUCAGCACUUGUCCACUGUUGUUCACUGCCUUGUAUUCUCGUUAUUUGUGUAUUUGUCGGUCUCCCCACUAGAUUAUACGCUCCUGUGGGCAGGGACUGUGUCUUUUUCAUCUUUGUAUCUUUCAUGGCACCUAACACAGUGCUUUGCACAUAGUAGUCAUUCAAUGUCUGUUAAAUAAAGGUAUUAGUGUUCAAAUUCAAAAGGUA